AUUUUGAGUAUUCUUAGGUGUCAUUUGGUGCCUCUUUCUAUGAUUCAUUCUUUAAUUUUAAAAUAGAUUAUAUUUUGAAUCUUGUUAUCUUCCUCAAUGAAUUAAAUUUAUUAUACGCAAAUUAUAAUUACAUCAUAUCGUUGCAAUUUAUGUUAUUUUUCUGUGGUUUUUCAUCUAGAAAUAAAUCUUGUGCUUUGUCAAUACUGAAGUGAGGAAAUUUAAUACUUAAAAAUAUUUUGAAACAAAGUGAAAAGUAUUGAAACAAAAUCAAAAUGCCGGCGUAUCACUCGACGUUAUCGGACUACACCCAGUCUGUUGGUAACUUGGCAUUGUUACCACUAAGAACUACAUUCAGGGGCCCGGCACCAUUAAAUCCUAAGUUAGAGCUUGAUAUUAUCGACGAAGCCCUCAACUACUUUAAGGCUAAUGUUUUUUUCAGAUUCUAUGAGAUAAAAUCUGAUGCUGACCGUGUCUUGAUAUACCUGACAUUAUAUGUCUCGGAAUGCUUAAAAAAGCUGCAGAAGUGUUCAAAUAAGAAUCAAGGCCAGCAAGAAAUGUAUAUGCUAGCUAUUUCAAAAUUUGACAUUCCUGGGGAGCCGGGCUUCCCUUUGAACUCUGUUUAUGCUAAACCUUCAAGCCCACAAGAAGCUGAUUUAAUGAGACAGUACUUACAACAAUUGAGACAUGAAACUGGGACAAGAGUUUGUGAGAAGGUGUUUGCUACAGAAGAUGGGAAACCAAGUAAAUGGUGGCUCUGUUUUGCCAAAAGGAAAUUUAUGGAUAAAUCUCUAUCUGGGCCUGGCCAAUAAUUUGUCUUAAUUAGCCAAACUUAUAUAUAUUUAAGAAUACAGAUUUCCAUGCAUUUAUUUAGAAUUUGCUAAAUAAAACAACAGAAUUUGGUGUAUAAAAUAUUUAAAUAUAUUAAUACAAUUAAUUUGAGGAAGUAAAUAUAUAUAUGUAAAAACUGUAAAUUGCUAAAAAUGUCCACACCUGUUUCACUCAUGUUGUUUACUUAUUUGUACCCAUUAUGAUCAAAUUUAUUUAAAUUGAACUUUUUAACAAUCACCUAUAAAUAAAUACAUUUAUUAUUUAACAA